CCACUCUCUCCGAGAGCGAGAGCAGCACCGAUCAGCUCUCUGGAUCGCGACUGUUUAGCUCGCGGCCUCUCUUAUGUCACACUUAAGGAUUACACAAGAGAACGGCGGCCGAACCGAAAGCAAAAGUGGACCUGCUGUGAGCACCGGGCGCCCAUGCACCCCCGCGCCGCCCCCGAGGGCGUCGUCGCACCCCGAAACGCCGUCUGAGCAAGGCCCGUUUUAGAAAUCUCGGCCGUCAAUUAAAGUUAAUGGAGGCGAUCGCUCCGGCGGCCCAGCAGCCCCUGCCCCUCGAGGCCGGCGUGCCGACCGACGAAGAGCUCGCCCCGUGUCCCAACUGCGGCCGCACCUUCGUCCAGUCGUCCCUGCAGAGACAUGUCGCCGUCUGCGCCAAGAACACAGCCUCAUCGAGACGCGGAAAAUUCGACUCUUCCAAGCAGAGGAUUCUGGGCACAGAGCUCGAGCAGUAUUUGCCCCCGCCUGUCAAGCAGAGACCGCGAAGUCGCUCCGUCCCAGCCGUCCCAGGAGGCCCGAGAAGAUCACUCAUUCCUCAGCCGCCGGUGCACGAAAAAUGCGAGUACUGUGGCAGGAGUUUCGGCGAUAAGGCCAUCGACAGGCACCGCGAGUGGUGCAGAAAUCAAAAAUCUUUCAAGCCGCAGACCACGCCUCCCUCGCCUGCCUACUCAAGAAUGCAGGCGCGCACACAGUACAAGGCUCCGCUAGCGAAAUCACUGCGCUCGAGAACCAGGGAAAAGUAUUCGCCGGGAAGUACCAAAGAAACUACUAAUAAAACGUCAGCCCCGACUAGCAUCAGGAGUUCCGUCUCUCACACCCCAACCAAAACCACAACGAAGGCAGCUUAUGACGUAUUCCAAUCGGCCGAGAGACAAAUGCAAGAGCUGCUGGGGUCGCCGCUUCCGUCGCGCAAGUCGCAGCCCUACGUGAUCACGCAGAAGGCGGACAUCGAGGUGAACCUGGACGAGAAAUUCAUCAAGUCGGAGGAGUUACUGAACGGCCACGAGAGCGGGGACGAUAAUGACGAUGAGCCGGACGUGGCUGAGGAGGAGGAGAGCUCCAUCGAGGACGCGCUGCACGAAAUCUCGCACCAGGAUAGUUUCAGCUCGGUGGAGAUCUUUAAGGACGAGCUUGACGAGCCGAACAAAAUCUUUGAGGACAAAAAUAGCUCGCCGGACGAGGAGAGAAAAAUCGAGGAGGCCCUGCGCACCAUCAAACGCGAGUUCAAGCAGGAGCCGCAGGGCGACCCUUUGACCGAGGAGGACGUGCUCAACCACCUCAAGGCCACCCUGGAGGGCACGCUGGACAGCUGCCCGCUGACCGACUCACUCAACUACCUGGACGCCGCCCUCUCGCUCUUCCAGCUGGACGACAUCCCGAAGCGGCCGUCCAACGCGCCCAGGUCGAAGGCGUCGACCAAGCGACGCCAGUACUCGGUGGCGUCGCCGCUCUCGCUCCUCAAACCUGACCCUGACCACGGCCAACAGCAGUGUUCGGAGUGCGGUACCACCUUUCCCAUGCCCACAGCCAAAUUUUGCUGCCUCUGCGGCACCAAAAGAUCUGUUUAAACUGCCGCUCUAUUGUCAGGGUUCCACGCAGGCUAUUUUUAAACUGUCAGAUUUCUUAUUACUAGUAAUGGGAGUUUAAGACGAUCGACUAUAUUUUUCUACACAAGCUCGUUUUAGAAGCUAAAGCUAGGUGAAAUAAUUGAAAUCCCAUGAAAAUUUUAUUAUAUCAGCAAGAAAAUCGCUGGAAAAAUUAUUAAGUAAAGACUGUAAAACCGUCUAAUUGGCACCCAAAAACUUAUGAAAUCAUUCGUUUUUUUCUUUAGAAAAACGUUUAAAAUUCCAAACCUACACAUUACAACUUUCGUUUUUUUUCUUUUAAUUUUUCUAAAUCAUAUUAUAGUAAUUUAAUCCAUACUAGAAGGCUUCCAAAUUUUUUAAAAACCUAAACUAAUUAAUCGAACGAACAGAAAUUUUAACAUUUUGGUGUUGUCUUUUCAGAAAAUUUUAAUUAGUUGCAAUUCUCCAAUAAUUAUUUGUUCUAAUCAGCCUGGAAAGUGAACCCUGCCUUGGAUGCAGCUGCUAUUUUAUUUCCUCAGGCAGGCUUUGCAAAUAAUUCUACCAGGGUUUCUCACAAAAUGAUCAAUAACAUAACUACCGAGCUUUAAUUUCGGCUUAAGUGCCAUCACAGUGCCAAUGCUAAUUCUGUAAAGAUCCUGCCUGAAUUUAUAAGUCCAGUCCGCAGCUGAAGAAACCUUAUGAAAAUGUGUCAAACUGCGGCGAGAGAUUACUUUUGUUUUCGAUCGUUUUGCAAUUAUUUUUAAACAACGAUAAAAUGGCUAUUGAUAGAGCCCAAGAUUAAAUAUUUUACUGCCGCGAGAAGAAUAAUUUAAAGCAAAAGAUGACGUGCCUGAAGUAUAAUUAUUUUCGAGUCCGUCUACAUUUUUAACGCAGAUAGUCACCAGUAUUUUACGAUAAACUUCCAUUCCGAGUCAUUCAAUUUCUGCUAAAACCGACCACAAAAGGAAGACUAAAAUUUUUCUACUACACAUUUCGAGUGCAUUUAACGAGCGUAAAAAACAUCUAGUUGGCCCUUUUGCUAACGUAAAAAACGAAAUCUCUGUCGUGUAUUUUAGUACUGCUGAUAAUAAUCAACGAUUUUUGUAUCAAGAGUGCUGUAAAACUAUAACUGAUCUAACAAAAUGUUACCUAUGAUGUGUGAUUGCGUGCUCUAGUGAUAGUUUCGAAAACGUUUUAAUCACGGUACCCAUUAUAAUUUCAUAUUACUUGUGAUUUCGUUAUUUUUAUUCUUUAGAUUGGUCCACCACUACUUGAUAUUUUGGAUAACAGUCACUUUAAUUUGUGAUCACUAACCUAAAGAAAAUUGUGAAUUGUAUUUGAUAGACUCAAUAAAGUCCUAACUAAAAUCUUA